AUGGCCAUGGUCAAUUCGGUUAGCGGAGCGUCGGUUAGGAGCAACGAAGAGCGGCGACAACCGCGACAGCUCUUCCAGGAAGAUAAACUGCCUCCCAUUAACGAUUAUGCCCAUGGCGGUAAACUUACAGGAUACUUUUGUAAGCAUCCAGCAUGUAAGACUCCUCGCCAGACAUACAAACUAGCAAGUCGUGUGAAGAAACACGCUCGCAAUCACUAUAAGCCAGUCAUAUGUCCAGUUUGCCCAGAAAAGAAAGCGGAACAACAGGAUAUGAAAAAGCAUGUUCGAGUUUAUCAUCCCUUUCUUGCAACGGUUUUGGGUAUCUCUGGCGAGUCUUUACGUUGUUCUAUCUGCCGAGAGGCUAUCUCGAACAGCAGGAAGGAUAAUUUCAAAAGGCAUAUGCGUAACUCGCACGGGAUUGAGAUGGACUGA